AUGGCGGCGUGCAUGUUAGGUCUGGGAGCCAGGUUGCGUGUGGCCUCUGUAGUGAUGCGAGGGGUCCCUGCUGUCUGGGUGCUUAGUGAACCCUGCCUUCCCAGGAGGUGUGACCGCCUGGCUGCUGUGGCGGGAAAGCGGAUGCCAGCACCGACUCCAUCCCCCCAGGAGGGCCAUGAUGCUGUGGAGGAAAACCUCUAUGAGCAGCACCCCAACUCUCACGGUUACGACCAGGACCCACACGUGGACCUCUGGAACAUGCGGCUCGUCUUCUUCUUUGGCUUCUCCGUGCUCUUGGUCCUUGGCAGCACCUUUCUGGCUUACCUGCCUGACUACAGGAUGCACGAGUGGGCCCGCCGGGAAGCUGAGAGGUUUCUGAAACACCGUGAGGCCAGCGGCCUCCCCGUGAUGGAGUCCGACUACUUGGACCCCAGCAAGAUGAAGCUGCAAGAGGAUGGAAACUAG